UGCCCAUGUUCGUACUCUCUUGACGCCUCUAGGCUCUGCCACCUUUGAAGGCUGCCCAAAGAUCCACUGUCACAGCGAUCCCGACCCUCACCCCUGGUGCCCGACUCUUCCCGAUCUCAUGUCGCAGAGUCAUCACCCUGCUCAAGAUAGCCAUUAGAGUCGGACCCGUGUCGGAUGCCUGUGUGGACUCAAUCCAGUUCAGGGGGCCAUGUUAGCGCACAUACAUAAUACUUCCAGGGCUGCGCCUGUCGCAAGACCUCUUUCUGCUCGCUCCCUUUUCUCUCCUGCUUCAUCUUAUCCUCCCUCUUCUUGCCCGUCCAUCAGAAGACAUCCACUGGUCGUGCAUCCGGGAAAAAAGAUGGCUCGCAUUGCUGCCCCUCAGUCCCGUCCGGUCCACGCGACCCCAUACGUGAACCACGCUGCGCCGGUAGAAGCCAGCUACGAUACUGCCAACCCUUCCUAUAUCCGCAAAUACCUCCGCACAUACGGCCUCACACCCCCGCGUGCGGAGUCGUACGAGGUUCAGAAGACAAGAUGUCUGGCACAGUUGGCCCUCAAGUCCACCGUUAUCGAUAAAUUCCUCUACCUCAGUACCCUCCGCAAGAACAAUGUGCAUCUGUUCUACCGUCUGGUCUCUGACCACCUGAAGGAAAUGACUCCUUUGAUCUACACACCUGUGGUUGGCGAAGCAUGCCAACGAUGGUCAGAAAUCUACCAGCAGCCCGAGGGCAUGUACCUCAGCUGGGAGGAUCGCGGCAACCUUGCCGCCGUCAUUGCCAACUGGCCGCAACCCCAUGUCGAUAUCACCGUCAUCACUGAUGGCUCUCGCAUUCUCGGACUUGGAGAUCUCGGUAUCAACGGCAUGGGUAUCCCCAUCGGCAAGCUGGCCCUGUAUACUGCCUGUGCGGGCAUCCGUCCCGAGGCCACUCUGCCCUUGACCCUUGACCUGGGCACUGGCAACAAGACCCUCCGUGAAGAUCCGCUGUACAUGGGUAGUCGCCGGGAUAAGAUCAGCCCGGAAGAGGAGCGUGAGUUUAUGGACGAGCUGAUGACCGCUCUUACUGAGAGGUGGCCGGGGAUUGUCAUUCAAUUCGAAGACUUCAAGAACCCUUUCCCCUCUCUCGAGCGGUACCGACACACCUACACCUGCUUCAACGAUGACAUCCAGGGGACCGGUGCGGUUAUCCUGGGCGGUGUCAUCAACGCUGUCAAGCGCUCGGGGCUCCCCUGCAAGGAUCACCGUGCCGUCUUCCUGGGAGCGGGUAGUGCCGGUGUGGGCGUUGCCAAGCAAAUCGUCGACUUCUUCGUACGCGAAGGCAUGACUGAGGACGAGGCACGUGCCUGCUUCUACCUCGUUGAUACCAAGGGCCUGGUCACCGCCGACCGCGGUGACAAGCUCGCCGAUCACAAGGUCUACUUUGCCCGCCAGGACAAUGAGGGCCAGCAGUUGCGCACGCUCGACGAGGUCAUUGACCACGUGAAGCCGACGAUCCUCAUGGGUCUGUCCACCCUUGGCGGCGUCUUUACCCCGGAGAUCCUGCGCAAGAUGGCCGACUGGAACACCCACCCGAUCGUCUUCCCGCUGUCGAAUCCGUCCUCCAAGUCCGAGUGUGACUUUGAGACCGCUGUCACCAACACCGACGGCCGGGUGCUCUUCGCCUCUGGCUCGCCGUUCCCCUCUGUUUCCUUCACCAACUCCGCCGGCGAGACCCGUACCUACUCCCCGGGCCAGGGCAACAACAUGUACGUCUUCCCGGGUAUUGGCCUGGGCACGAUCCUCUCCAAGGCGGUCGAGGUGACGGACAGCAUGAUCUACGCCUCGGGCGCUGCGGUGGCCGAAGCCCUUACCGGCGAGGAGCUCGAGCAGGGUCUCCUGUACCCGGACGUGACGCGCAUCCGUGCCGUCAGCGUCGUUGUCGCCCGCAAGGUCAUCCGCGCCGCCCAGGAGGCCAAGGUCGACCGCGAGACCGGGCUGCGCUCCAUGCGCGACGACGAGCUCGACAACUACAUCAAGUCCCGCAUGUACGACCCCCACACGGAGGUCCGCGCCCUAGAGCGUGAGGUCGGUGCCCUGCUGUCGAGUCUGGGCCCUACCUAUGCCGGUCUGACCGGCGUGGUGGACGACGUGAAUGAAAACUCCAAGCUGUAAGAAAAACCCCCUUAAAAAAAGGCUUUGAGGGGAUUUUUUUUUUCUCCUUCUCUUUCAAAAUGCAUCCCCCUUGGUGUUUUUGCUUGACCGGGCUGGAAACGGAUUCCCUCCCCCAUCUAUUCCUAUAAUAUCCCCAUCGAGCGUUUUGUGUAUAUGAUCUGGUUUCUUCCUGAGGUAUUAUUCUCAUAUAUACCCCAUUUCUCGGGCUCCACUUGAUUAUUCUCAUUUUGUCUCUCUUCCCUUCUUAGAUUCCGGUACUCUAUUGGUUUCUGUACAUCAUACCAUUCUUAUCUGGAAGUCGAGUUAGAACUAGAAUUAUUUAGCUAGCAGUAUAAGAUAACACUCAAGCAGUAUAUGA